GGCUAUAUACAAAUAUUUAAAUACAUAAAACAAUGAAAAGGGUCUAGCUGUUGCUUUGAUUGUACACUUUUAUGUUGCACGACCAAGUAAGGUAGGCAUGAUAAAUCCACAUGUAUGUAGAAAUACCUAGACAAAGAACUGAACGAUGCCAAAUGAAAUCACUUCCCAGCGACUUUAUCGCCCUCACCUGAACGCUUGGAGAUAGGUUGAAUCCUGCUUUGGGAGGGGGGCAUUUCAAGAGCAAAUUGCAGGCUGUUUACCAAGUGCUUCUUUAUUGAGAUAUCCUGUGAAAUUUAUUUUUUAAUUAAAUAAUCAGAACUUUAGAACCUUCUUUACCAUAUAAUGAAAAAUGGCCACUUACCAUCUAAUGCUAGGGAGCGGUGGUUUAUAGCCCAGUGUGACCGCAACGAGCUAGGGGCCACUGUUCUGUCCCACGCAACUGUUUGAGAACAUCAGUGCCUCCUAUGGUUGUAUGGGCUGCUGGGAGCCUGCUCAGUUGAAUCAACCAAUCAUGAGCAGACAAAGGGGUAUGGCCAUAGUGGUGGACAUGGCUGGAGACUUUGGCCUGGAACCUUCAGUCAGGUCCACCAGCUUUCUAUAUAAUUGGGCCACGCCUGAGCCAACCAGCUCAGUCAGAGUUGGAUUGAGCUUGUCUUGAAGUUUUGCCUGUGUCAUAGCAACUGUCACAAUUUAUUGUUGGCAGAUAAAACAUUAGGUUGGAUUCUCAGCCUGGGCAGGGGCUUAGGACUCGUCCCCCUCCACAACAGGAAAUUGGUACUCUGCUGAAAGCGUCUAGGAGGGGGGGGGUUUGUCCAGGUGUCCAGACGGGGGUCAACAGGCCAUAGCACCCUCCCAAAAUGGCAGUCCUGGAGGAAUUGCCCUAUUUGAUGUACAUCAUGGAGUGACUCAUAACCCAGUGUCAACCCAGCCGAAACAAUCAGCUAUCAGGUGGGCUGGCUGAUUCAGGAUACACACCCAAUGCCUUCACCAAAAUCUACAUACAUCUGUAAUAAACAAAAGUUGUGGCCUAUUUGAACCCAGGUCCUGUUAUCCUGCGUCUUAUUUAUCUCCUCUCUUGAGGCCCUGUUGGCUGCAUGCUGCCUGGGCCUGGAGCAGCAACUGCAGCCUAUUCUAGUGCCAUUUAACACAUAAUACAGGAUAAAAUCUACUAAAAUAUUAUCAUUUUCUGUCUCUGUAUAAUGUAAUUGUUAUUUUUUUAAGACUAACUUUUAUGCAUAAGAGCCUAGUAUCAUUCACAACAUUUUACAGUUAGAGGCUCCUUAGAUCUAUUUUUCCCUUUUCAGUAAGGCUGUAAUAGAUACUUGAAAUGUGAUUAAUUAAAACACAGUAAUAGUUCUAAUAGAGUUUUGUAAGGUAUUCAAUGAUUUAGGAGACUGUGAAGGAUUUAAAAAAACGCUAAAUUUAGAACUGCUUGAUUAAAAGUAAAUUAUUCAGCAAAGUUUCGAUCACUUCUAAGAUAAUAGCGAGUACCCUGAUCCAUAGAUGAAUGAACUUGCUCAAACCAUUUGGGUUGUGUUAUGUAGGAUUAUGUAGACAACUUUUGUCUUGUUGCUACUAUUCUGUGGCACACCUUUCAAGCAGUUUCACAAGGUAUUCCGUUCCUACACUGAAGGCAGUGUCACAUAGGAAUGAAUGGGGAACCUACAUGUAGAUCAGAAUGUGCAAUUGUUGCAUGUGUACACCAUUAUACAUUCAAGCACAGAAUUAGAUAUAAAUAAAACCAUUAACAUCAAUAGUUUUGUUUGCUGAAUUGCAUAGACAAUCAGAGACAAUGAAUACCAACUGAGGAGAUGGCCGGCAGGAGCCUGGCCCUCACCCCACCUCCCAGUCAGCCGCUGAUUGGCCAGCCAAAAAGGAGGCGGAGUGAUGGCCAGUCAGCGAUGGGGUGUCACCCAGGCUUGGGAAGCCCACACCAGAUCGCAAACCCUGCCCACCGCGGUAAUUCUGUAUAUACAGGAAUUUUGAAAUGCAAGAAACAGACUUUAGACUGAUCUGUAAAGGUUGUGGGGCAUGGAGAAUAUCAUUUAAAGCCAGAGUGUUUAACUAGAUUAGGUAUUUAGACUUACAUUUCUUCUUCUGCUACUGCUUGGAAUUGAUACAGCUCGCAGCUAUUCUUUAUAACAAGGGAUAGUCAACAUGGGGUCCUCCAGAUAUUGUUGGACUCCAACUCCCAUCUUCCACAGCCAAUAUGACCAAUGUCAGGGAUGAUGGGAAUUGUUGUGUAACAUCAACUGGGGGGCACUGAUUUGGCCAGUGCCCUCUUAAUUUAACAAAUAGGGAUCUGAGGCUGAGAGAGAGUGAUUUAUUUAAGGCAGAGAUGGAGGUAAACCCAGGUUCCUUCCACCCUCACUCUCAUGAUAUAAACAGGCUUGUGGUAUGAUCCUAAGAGCUGUCCCAUUGCCAUAGCAGUGCAACAUCACGUAAUAGCACAUAAUGCCAGUUUUGGAAUUCCAAGCACAUGACACCAGCACUAAUGUUGAAGGGUGCCAGUCCCAUUUAGUAAACAGGUCUAAACCGACUUAAAUCCCUCAUAACAUUUUUAGGACUGCAGUCGUAAUAGUUCAAUGUCAUCUAAAGAAACAUACUAGGCAAAUACUUUGCUCCAUACAUUUAUCUGUGGAUUUUUCAUCUUGUUCUCUUUAGGUGGCUUGUUUAAAACAGGAAUGGCUAACUACUGGUGCAAGGACUUCUCUGGCACCCAAAGCAUUUGCCCCUUGACAUAUUACUCUAAAAGACCUUAUUGCUUUUAGCUGACAACUUCAGGUGGAGUUGAUUUGUGCACUAGAAUAAAUGUCUGGUUCCCAGAUAAAACUUUGCUCUACUUCAAGAUCCAGAAGCUGAGCUCCUCUGAUGCAUAGAAAUCACAUAGUUAGAACAGAAGACACUUCAAAUAACACAGAAUUCACAGCAGAUGAACAGCUGUUGCUUACCAUGUAAUAGUUUUGGAUAUAGGCAAUAAUGCAGUAUUGCUGAGCCAAGGGGGCCUGGUCCUUAAUGGCUGUGGCGAAGGUCUGUUGCUGAGUUCUCUUCUCUAAUCUUUGCUGCCCAAUGGGUAACAUUAACCCACUAGAAAAAAGAAGGGAGGGGUGAGGGAGCCUUAAUUUGCAAAAGCAUCUCUUUGGAACCCAAAUCUGUGGCUGCUGCCUGCUUGUUCUUCUAUGUGGUGGGAAAGCCCCCAUGUUCCCUUUUCUCUCUAACCAUCAAAAUCACCCUGCAAAAUUCUUGUCCUCGUGCUUGAAGCCUAGCAUAAAAUGGAUGCUUCUGGAACAUCUCAACUUUCCAUGGACACCUAAUACAAACAAGGCAGUACAUUCAAAAGACGCUUAACCAUGGAAGGCUGCUGCUAAAAAAAGACAAGAGCUCAUUCUCCCGGCUUAGAGAGGAUUCUAAGAAUUCAUUUUUCAUGAGAGAUGGGGCUGUUUAUUGACCAUUCUUCAGUGACCUCGAAUGAAAGAGAAGACAGCUUGCUGCUCACUCUACCUGGAGCUGGAUGGAAGUGGCUCUAGGCUACAUCCCUGCAAUCUGUAGUUUCUUCACCUGCCUCAGAUACAAGCCACCAUGUUGGUUAAAUGGAAACUGCACAGCUGUUUGAUGUCUCAAAGCAGGACUGCAAUGUUGAAUGCAGCCCCUGACUAAAUGUUAAGGCUCAAGGUAGAAUUCACAUGAAGGCGAGGAAGAGUGAGAUAUGCAAAGCUGGGAGAUUGUAUUCUAUAUGAGUAUCAAUGGAUUCCUGAUGAGCUCUGCACUCAUCUGCCAAUACAGUGGUACCUCAGGUUAAGAACUUAAUUCGUUCUGGAGGUCCGUGCUUGACCUGAAACUGUUCUUAACCUGAGGUACUAUUUCUGGGUUAGCGGAGUCUGUAACCUGAAGCGUCUGUAACCCGAGGUACCACUGUAUACUAUUGUUAUGUUUAGCUUUAUAGCCCAUGUUAUUGCUAAAAUAGCUUUGGCCUACAAAGGAAGUUUUACCAAGUUCCCAGGUUGAAGCGGUACAGAAAGCAGUACAGAUGCUUCUGAAGCAUUUCUGCUUCCCACAGCAUACAUCUUACAAUGAGGUGUUUCCUCUGGAAAAUGCAGUUAGUGCAGAAUGCUCCAGUACUAUUGCUUACAGGAGUGAAGCUGUCAGCAUAUUAUACCUGAGCUCAAAGGGAUGCGAGUGGCACUGGGGUCACUGAGCCUCUGGGGCUUGCCGAUCAGAACGUCAGCAGUUCGAAUCUGUGUGACAGGGUGAGCUCCCGUUGCUCUGUCCCAGCUUCUGCCAACCUAGUAGUUUGAAAACAUACCAAUGCAAGUAGAUAAAUAGGUACCACUGCGGCGGCAAGGUAAACGGAGUUUCCGUGCGCUCUGGCACUUGUCACGGUCCUCCGUGUGCCAGUUGCUGUUUAGUCAUGCUGGCCACAUGACCUGGAAAGCUGUCUGUGGACGAAUGCCGGCUCCCUUGUCCUGAAAAGCAAGAUGAGUGCCGCACCCUAUAGUUGCCUUUGACUGGACCUUACCAUCCAGGGGUCCAUUACGUUUUACCUUUUCCUUACCUGAGCUCAAAUAUCUAAACUGGCUGCUAGUUUGCCACCAGGCUGAGUUCAAGUGUUACCACUGGUACAUAAAGCUCAUAAUGGAUUGGGACCAGUUACCUUGAGGAAUAGCCUUACCCCAUAUGAGCUGACUCACUUUGACCUACCAAACUUGCACUGCUGCAUUGGUCAGGAGCCAUGCCUUUAGUGUGACAGUACCUGUGCUUUGGAACUCUCUGAUUACUGACAAUAGGCAGGGGCCAUCAUUGUAUUCUUUUAGAUGCCUACUGAAAACACUUCUAUUUUGGUGGGCCUAUCAAGACACAUGAUCGGUUACAUGUUUGAUUGUUUUAAACAUUUUUAACAGUUUUUAAAUGUUUUAACUAUGCUUUCAUUUUAUUUUUAACUGUAUUUUUUAUUACGGAUAUACCCUUUCUUCAGCAGGAAGGGCAGGAUAUAGAUUUGAUAGGUAAAUAAGUAAUGCUUUGGAUUCUGUUUAGACGCCUUUUGAAAAUAGCUCCUUAAACUAUAAUACCACACAAUUCCUUAUUGCACUAAAGACUAGGAACUGCCCCCCCCCCCAAUAAAAGUGGCUGAUUUAAAUAUAUUUAUAUAUUAUAUAUUGGCAGGAGCUGGGAAGGGUGCUCUGGAAAGUGUAUCGCAUAUCAUGAGCCUUGAUAGCAGAUUUAUAACUGUUUUUGAUUGUAAUAUGCCUCAAAUUUCUCCUACAAAAUUUAUCCCACAAAAUAGGUAGAAUAUGAAUUUUUUAAACAAGUAAUUCAAAAGCAGUAUGGGUGGGUUUGGAACCCCAAUUUCUGUUAAGUGGAUGACUAGCUUGGGAGUGUCUCUGCCUUAAGAUACUUGCCCUUUGUUUCUCAUUAGUAUGUUUUGAUUUACACGACGUCUGCUUUCAUCAGCUGUUACCGAUUCCCUCUUUGGUAGCAUAGCUUUAAUUCUUUGGCAUGCUGCUUAGGAGGUCAUGCCUGUUCAGGACAGUGGCAAGCUGAUGAUAAACCCUUAAGGAUAAGGACAAAAGUGUCAGAGAUGAUAACUAGAUCUUUGUUAAAUAUUAAGGACCUGUUCUCCUGACCUGGGAUGUUGCAGGUCUUUCUUCGUUCAUUCAGGGGAUUCAUAUUUCAUUUUUGACCAAAGUCCUUAAACUCUCUCCAUACAAAAUUCUGGCCUUUGACAGUUAAACUAUUUUGUUUUGUAGAAUCCACCAUUUUUGUUGCUGAAUCUAUACUUCAUUUUUGUUGGAAUGGUAUUACCUGUUUUUAUAACUCUGUAUGCAGUUUCAACCUGCCCUGGUGAAGGGCAGAUGAUAAAUCUUACAAAGAAAGUAAGAAGGGUUCUCAAAAUGGCUCGCAAUUAUUUAUUCGUGUCUUGACUUCACUUUUUAUUUAGUCACUCUUUCAAAGCUUGCCCUUCUGUACCUUCUUACCCCUCUUCCCUUUUAACACAGAAAGGGAGUUAACUCCCUUGUAGCGCAGCCUACACCAUUGUAAUCAUGUGAGCAGGACCAAUUGGGAUGGCAGAAAGACCCACAUGAUCUCCCUCAACCAGAUGGAGCAUAUACUCACACACACUUUCCUGCAGUAUGUUUGUGUGUGUGAAUGGACACAUGACCAUCUAUGCUUAAUUCCCAGUGUUCUGUUUUCUUACUGUCAUUUUUACCUGAGGCUUUGCUUGGGCAAAACAAAAAAGAAGAGAGUUUCUUUAGUGUCAACAUUCCUGCUGAUAGUGGAUGCUUCUUCACACAUCACUCCAGGAAAAUACAUGUUUCCACAUAUGGGUUCAAACUGCAGGCAAAUGCAUGUAUAAAUAUAUAUUGCACAUGUGUUUGGGAAUCUCAGAUGUUGCAUUUUAAUGCCUAAAAUGUAACAGAUUCUUAAAAUGUAAUUGAUAAAAUAGCUGUUUGCCAGGCUACUAAAAUGCAAGUAUAUUUGCAGGAUUUGAUCCAAUAAGAGCGCCAGGUGGGAAAACUGCCACAAACUCUCUUUUUUAAAGGGAUCAGACACCAGAUCUCUCCUGCACUGGCAUUACCACCCAAGUUUAAAGAAAUGGUUAGCUUCCAUGCCAAAGUAUCACAACUGAUAAAUAAUGACUAAACUUGGUCAUUUCUAUUAAUACAUUUUCUGAGGGUAAAUAAGUGUAUAAGUGGCAAGCAGGCUUUAGGACCAGUCUCUGAUUUCCAAAUAUAGAGAGGGGUUGAGCUAAGAGAAGAAUCACAGCCUAUAAAAGCUGACAGAGAUGAAAGGCUUACUGGUGGCUGAGAGCUGUGAGAGGUAAGUUUGAUAAUCAGUCUCUCUCCCUCCAUCCCCAUUCCCUACCCCCUCCCUCCUGCAAUUUGGGCAACAUACUCCAGAGCUUCCCACUUUGGGAGAGAUCUCGGGGCAACCAAGUGUUAAUUUAGACAAUAAGGGCAGCUAUACUUUAGCUGAGCUUAAAGGCACUUUGCUCUGAGGAGGAAUUUUAGGGGGAAGAGGGUCCAUUUCUGUAAUGUAUUUUGAGAUUCUAAAAAAUUCUCAGCUGUUGAGGAUACUGGACUCAUGAAUGCUUACGCUGUCUGCUCCUUUCUAGAUUAGACGUCUUAUUUCAUCCAGUUCCUUUCUUCUUUCUGUUGGGAGUGGAAAAUAAAAAGGUGAGAAGUCAUGGUGUGGCGCUAUGUGUCCCACCCCUACCCCAUCUCCCAAAUUACAGUUAUUGAUACUUUUUGUGUGAUGCAAUUUCAUUUCCUCAAUCAGUCUGCCGUGGAGUGAUAAUAACUGCAGUGCUUCUGUGCUUGUGUAUUGAGGAGAGGGAAAGUACCUCCCUAUACUUCGACUUCCCUGCCUGCAAAUUGUGGGUGAAGGAAUGACACUCUAAGAAAUAGGUGGACCAUUUCUUGGAAAAACCAAUCUCCCAUGCACUUAUGUUAUCAUUUUCCAGCAUUCAGUAUUUGACGAAGAGUCUUACGGCAUCUUAAAGAUGAACUAAUUUAAAAUGGCAUGAAGUUUUAUGGACUACAAUCGACUUCAUCAGAUGCAUGAAGUGUUAUCUUGAGUUAUAGGUGCAUAUACACAUGAGUUGGGACGAGGGGGUUGUGUAAAGUGAGGUCAGAGAGAAAUAAAAUGUAGAAAAGUACUUAGUUAUUUAGGUUUUUUUUAGUAUACCACCCUUUACCUGCAGAUCUCAGGGCGGUUCGCAACAGAAAAUUACAUUAUAAAAAACACAAAAUGCAUAAUGAAAAUAAGAACAAAAACAAAUCAAUAAUCCCCCCUCCCACCACACAUUUAAAAGGGCAUCAGAUCCUGACAUCAGUGAGCCAAUUAACACAUGUAUUGUGCGGAAGAAAAUCCUUUGUCUCAGUUCAGUUCACAAGUGAUAGUCAAUGUUUGUCACAUUCAGAGUAGACCCACAGAAGUCAAUGGAACUACUCCUAGCAUGACUAAUGUUGGAUGUUUCCAAAUGAAAAUGUUGAUAAAUUGUAAUUCAUUGGUUUCACACAGCACUCUCCCUUUGGAGGUAUUUUGCUCCAGGAUGACUAGUUUAAGAACUUUAACAGAAUGUUUUGGAAGGCUGAAAUGUACCCCAACAGCCCAUAUAAAAAAGAUAUUGACAUAGGAAGCAGCCCCUCUGGCAGAUCCAGAUGCCUUGGGUAGCUCAGCUGGUAGAGCAUGAUGAUGAUGAUGAUAAUAAUAAUAAUAAUAAUAAUAAUAAUAAUAAUAAUUUAUUUGUACCCCGCCCAUCUGGCUGGGUUUCCCCAGCGACUCUGGAUGGCUUCCAACAAAGAUUAAAAAUACAUUACAAUGUCACACAUUGUAAAAACUUCCCUAAACAGGGCUCUUAAUCAUGGGUUCAAGCCCCACAUCGGGUAGAAGAUUCUUGCAUUGCAGGGGGAUGGACUAGAGGACUCUCAUAGUCCCUUCCAGCUCUACAAUUCUAUGAUUCUAUUGUUCUCUGCAUACCUACUCUGGAAACACUAUCACAGGACCUAAUAAUGUCACCCACAACUUCAGGGUUUCAUUCGCCUCCACAUCUGCUAAUGUGAUAUGUGUCAUCAUCUGCCAACAAUGCCCACCUGCAUUUUACAAACUGGCCAGUCCCUGAAUUACAAUACAUCAGGCACUUGAAUAUUAUCACUUGUGGAUGGAAGCGAAACAAAUAAUGUUUAGGUUUUUAUGUGUUCACUGGCUUACCAUUGCCAGGAUGUCAUCGUGAACUAUUGCUGUAUGUGAAUUACCAUUGUUAAGUAUGUAAUUGUCACUAUCUAUACUUUUUCUGCAUUUCAUUUCUCUCUGACCUCGCCUUUACAAUCCUCCCCACAAACCAUGCGCGCGCACAUACACGCAUCCUCCCUAUAACUAAGGAGAACACUUCAUGCCUCUGAUGAAGUGGACUGUAAUCUUUGAAAGCUUAUCGCCAAUAAAUGUGUUAGUCUUUUAAGCAGCCACAACACUCCGUUGUUUUCACUGCAAUAGAGGAACAUGGCUACUCCUCCGGAAGACGUGUAAUAUGAUCUCUUUCCCAAGUGAGAUCCCUAAUCUCUCAUCAUCAGAAGCAGCAGUUCCAUCCCCUGAAACUGCCUGCAGCAGAUGGUUGAGGGUUCUUUGUUUCUCACUCACAGCACAUGCAGACACAUGCUACUUCCCAUCCACUCAACACAGAGACUGCAGAAUUCAAUCAACAUUCUGCUUAGCACAGGUGCCACUUCAUAUCUCAAGUAAUCUUAUAGUUUCACAGCCACUGCCCCUUCUCUCCUUCCUCCCCUUUCCCAGUACACAGGUACAUUCAACAGCAACACAGACACAACUUGAUGAAAGAAAAGGGGGCUUCCAUUUACACUGAGUGCAGGAACGCUGAAAGUGGGAGUAAACCAAGUUUUUCCCCCUGCCCAGGAGUUCCUGUUACAAUCUUACUUGUUUAUCUCAUCCCAUGUUCUGAGCCAAUAAAAUGUAACUUGGAAAGUAGGAGGCACAACAGAGGUGCUUCCUCACCAAAGAACUAUGCUCAAGGAAUGUGUAGAACUAAAAAAACCCCACCCACCCAUCUCAGGCCUUGCUGUGACAAGCAACAUAUGCUAGAUGCCUAGAUUUAAAAGCACUCAAGGAAGCAAGCAAGCCACAUUUGGUCUCUUUGGGUGGGUUUGGAUGGCUGCAAAAAGAGGAGUGAUCCUACCAAAGGUAACGUAAACAAAUGAUUUUUUUCUGCAUCAGAUAGGCCAUUCACAGAAUUAUAAUAAUAACAAUUCUAUACCAAAGUAACUAAUUUGACUCGAAUAUACAAAUCAGGCUGUUACAUGCAAUUGUUUUGCAUAAUUUGUUUUCUGUCAAAAUUAUCACAGGGCAGGAUGCAAUUGUGAUACUUACUUCUGUAUUUCAUUAUUUCUUUCAAAUUAUUAUGCUUCCUUUUGAAACUUAAAAAAAAAGUCAAUUGCAAGGUGCUGCAUUCUUUUCUAGAUUCCAUAUUUUGUAUUUGUGCAGCUAUUUCAUGGAUGCUAAACUAUCCUCACUAUUGUUAUUUGGUUCAAAAUGGCAAUUGACUUAUAUUCAUUCUUAAUUCUCCUUGGUAUUGAUAUUUUGCCCUUUAACAAAGUUCUUAGGGCAGUUGCAGAUAAAAAUAAAUCAAUGUAAGAAGCAUAUUAAGGGCAAAUAGAUAGACAUAAGUAAGCUAGUGAUCUUUCAGGAGACAGAACUAUUGGAUUAUAGAAAACUGAAGGGAGAGUGUGCCCAGAAUUUAGUGUGAGCUAUCCAAUACCACAUAUUUCAGGUGUUUUUGGACUUCAACUCCCAUCAUCACCACUGGCUUGAGCUGAUGGGAACUGGAGUCCAAUAACACCUGGGUGGCACUAAAGGCAACGACUGUUUUAAACUUGUCCACGUACACUGGCCCAAAUCUGAAAGUGACCCGAAGACAUCACAAAAAUGUCACAAAAAGGGUUGGAACGGAGUGGGAGCAGAACAGGGUGGUGCAGUGCGGUCUUACAGGGGCCCACUGACAUGGGUGUGUGUGUGUGUCUCUGGGAUGUAACACCGGUCCCUGACUGUAAAUUGUAUACCCCUGGCAUAGUACAUAAUGUCAGGAUUACAGAGAAAAUGGGAGUUUGUGGGAAUAGCUGGACCUUCUGUUCUGCUUACAAAAGGGAUCAUUCACGCUGCUGCACACUCUAUUAGAUUUAGGAAUAGGGACCAUGUCUGGUAUUGUCUGAACAUGAUGUCUCUAGUUCAAGUUUCCUAGACUUCCACAGAAUAAGGACUGACCCUCCUGUCUCACUUUUAGCUGCAGCAAUGAGCAGUGAUGCAGAAAUGGAGAUUUUUGGGGUGGCUGCCCCUUUUCUCCGAAAAUCUGAGAAGGAGCGAAUAGAGGCUCAGAACCAACCCUUUGAUGCCAAGACCUAUUGCUUCGUGGCUGAUCCAAAGGAGGAAUAUGCCAAAGGGAAAAUCAAGGGCACUGAAGGUGGCAAAACUACCGUGGACACAGAUGAUGGCAGGGUGAGUGUCUUUGAAGAUUUGGGAUGGGGUGUGGAGUCCUCCUUUUCAAUAAGCAUGUGCCAAGAUUUUCCAACUGAAUUGUUCUGAUCAUAAUUGGGACAAAAUUUGUGAAGCACUUAAACUGCUGGGAUGAGCUACUGAAAACAUCUCUAUAAUAUGUAUAUUAAUUUUUACACAAAGAGUUUUCGGUCUGUCCUGAAGAUAGGUGGUGGUAUCAUCAUCAUCAUCAUCAUCAUCAUCCUACAUUUCACCCCAAGAUCCCAGGGUGGGUUACAAUAAUUUAAAACACAACAUUAAAAAGUUUUUAAAACUUACAAUUACUUUAAAAAUUGUGUGGGUCCUAAAUAUAUGCCAUCACUAUUGAAAUCAUUUCAUUUGUACUGCAAGCUUACAUUGUGGCAUAACCAUUUCUCAUUGAAAGUCCUUCCUUCAUUGCAUUUCAGACUCUGACUGUCAAGCCAGAUGAUGUCUAUUCUAUGAACCCACCUAAGUUUGACAGAAUUGAGGACAUGGCAAUGCUGACGCAUCUGCACGAACCUGCUGUUUUGUAUAACCUCAAAGAUCGCUACAGCUCCUGGAUGAUUUAUGUAAGUGGUGCUAUCCUGGUCCACAGAAAGGAAUCCCCAAAGGGAAAGGGUCUAACAGUAUUUUUAUUGGUUUUCAUGCAGACCUACUCGGGCCUCUUCUGUGUCACUGUUAAUCCGUACAAAUGGCUGCCUGUAUACAAUCCAGAAGUGGUGGCUGGCUAUCGGGGCAAAAAGCGCACAGAAGUGCCUCCCCACAUAUUCUCCAUCUCUGACAACGCCUAUCAGUUCAUGCUAACUGGUACGUAUACUUCACAACUGAAAGGGGAAUAAGGUGUUAUAAGCAGAAGGGAAUUGGAGGAACAAUCAUGAUACCAUCAGGCUUAGUAAACCUUUGUCGCAUGCCCAGAUUUUAGGAAAAUUAUUCCAGUGGUUGAACCUGUAACUCAGCAUAUGCCUCUGCAGCAUAAUGAGCAUGCUUCUCCCUUUCCUUUUGGCAGAUCGCGAAAACCAGUCUAUCCUGAUCACGUAAGCAGAUGCUUUGGAUUUGUCCUACUUCAUAUUGCCAAAGUACAAUUAUAACAUAAGUAAUGGUCCUCCAUUUUUCUUUACAUGAUGCUUGCUUUUAUCGUGACAGUGGAGAAUCUGGUGCUGGAAAGACUGUCAACACCAAGCGUGUCAUCCAGUACUUUGCAACAAUUGCAGCUACUGGAGAAGGAGCUAAGAAAAAGGAAUCUCAAUCCAAGAUGAAGGUAGGACGAGAUGGGCUGGCAUUAGUGCAAAUAAACCUGUGGUUGGAAGCAUACAAAAGGCACUGCUGAAGAACCACAGACUCUGAACAACUUCCUGAUUGGUUAUACAGUCAUCCUUUGGAAUCUGUUCCGGAAGUCUGUUCGACUUCCAAAACAUUCAGAAACCAAAGUGCGGCUUCUGAUUGGCUGCAGGAACCUCCUGCAGCCAAUUGGGAGCCCCGUUGGACGUUCGGCUUCCAAAAAUAGUUUGCAAACCAGAACAGUCACUUCCAGGUCUGCAGCAUUCGGGAGCCAAAACGUUUGAGAACUAGGCUGUUCGAAAACCAAGGUAUGACUGUACUCUGUUCUGUUAAGUGAUCAGGUCUAUAGAAUUUCCUUCAUCAAUUAAGAAACAAUGGGGCUUACAGCCAAAGUAUCACAAUUCACCAAGCCCUGAGACUUCACUUACUGGAUCCACAUGGGAUAGCUUUCUGAAGAUUUUUUUUAACUAUGCUUUUUCUUUAAAAUAAGGGCUGUGGAUUUCUAAGCAAUAAUUAAUUCAUUCUGUGAUGUCCUCAUGACACUUGCUUCCAGAGCUGUUACAAUAAAAAGCUAUGAAGCACUUCCAGCAUACAGCAUCUCAAUAAUUUUCACGGCAACUGCUGAGAAAGGAAAGUGGUUGAAGAGUAUGUUGUUCUUUUUUCUUUUUCUUUUUUUUGCAUUACCUAUCUUCCUCUGCCUGAAACAGGUUGUGAAAUGUGGCUAUAUCCAGCCACUAGUCUAAGGGUGCCUCUAAGGCUAAGCAACACAGUACCAUGGACAGCUGUCCAGGUGGUAGAAAGGACAAAUCAUUCCUCACACAGGAAUGGUUCUAGUUGAGAUGCACAGAGAAUUUCCUGCUGUUCUAGCCACACUUUUGUAUCUUGUUCCAGGGGAAAAGGAUGUAGUAUGAAAGGCGUGGCCACAAACUGUUUCUUAAUUCACCUUUAGUUUCUUACAGUUUCCUGUCUCUCUUCCUUUCUUUUCCUCCCUUUUCCAUUCUUUCAUUUCUUCAUUCCCUUCCUCUCUCUACCAGAGCAGUUCAGAGUCAAACUUGCAAAACAAACAAACAAACUGGGAAGGGAUCAUACAGUAGCUAUAAGGAUGCAUGCAACAGACACCUUCUCACUUGAACCCUUGAGUCACUUUCAGAUCCCUGCUUGGUGCAGGGAAAAAUGAACACAUCACCUGUAUCUGAAUACCCAAGACCAAUCACUUGUCCUAAAAUGAACAUAAUUAUGACUCAAGGUCCAUUCAUGACCCAGGCAUUCUUCACGUUAAUCAGACUUAAGGAUCUAAUUAUGACUUGGUCAAAUUGGAGAGUGAAACAAGUUAAGGGGUAGUUUUUCAUGAAAACUAAUGCGGAAAGCUAACACUUAGCUUUAGAAUAUAGCAUUAUGAGCAUAGCAUUGUGCCCAAAGUCUUGUGUAUUUAUCCAUGUACAUUCAAUAGCUGUUACUUCCAUUGUUUUAUUAUUCACUUUUCAAAUAUUUCCUUUCCUUUCCUUUUAUAGGGGACACUUGAGGAUCAGAUCAUCAGUGCCAAUCCCCUAUUGGAGGCCUUUGGAAAUGCCAAGACUGUCAGGAAUGACAAUUCCUCUCGCUUUGUGAGUGGUACAUACAUUGCAGGAUCUAAAAGUCGUUAUCGAUUUUUUAGCCAAUAAUAUCAGCUGUCUCAUUAUUGUGUUUGCAUUUCACAUCCUGGGACUGAUCAUGAAGGUGUUGCCCUGGAGGAAGUCCUGCUGAAGGAAUGUGGCUUGCUUUGUAGUUGCUGAGAAAUUAACAGGCAAUUCACAUAUCAGUUUUACAUAAAGAUUUCAAAUUCUUGUUUGUCUUUGGUAAGUUGUACACCAGUGCCAAGACUUUGAAGUGCUUCAGUAGCAUCUUUUCAUGUCUUCUAAACUUAUCUCAUUUUAAGAAAGCAGCUUGUAAAUUGAUGCAUUUCACAGAAGGAAGCGGAGCUGUGCACAUCAAUAAAUGCAAAUAGCCAAAAGCUGGGAUUCAGCUCUAGCAGUAGAAUAGCAUUUUCUAAUGUACUUGAGGUUAGCAGACUAGCUUAGGAGGCACAGGACAGGCUGUACAGCACACAGAUUUGUCCUUCAACACCUCUAGCAUCAGUCCUCAACAUUUGCCACAUGAAGCAGCUGCUUCACUCCGCCUACUAAGAGGACUGGCCCUUUGUACAGAAAUCAUUUGUUUAUUGAAACAGUUACCAUAUUGGCCCGAAUAUAAGCCACACCAGCAAAUAAGCCACACCUUUAAAAUUCAAAGGGAAAAAAGAAAAAAAAAAGACAAUACCCAAAUAUAAGACGCUUCCUUAAAAUUCCACAGGCACUUACACCCAUAAAUGGCAAAUGUAGAAGAAAAUCCUUCAGCGAUAUUGUAAAAGCCAUUUUUUGUAAGGUUGUGAAUUUAAGCCACACUUUAACUUUUCAUGGUCGGGAAAAAAAGUGUGGCUUAUAUUCAGGCCAAUACGGUAUAUCUCAUCUUUUGGUUUUUCAAUUGAGCCACCAAAGCAACUAACACCUUCCAUUAAAAAUAGAAACUUAACACAGAAAUCAAUGCCCCUUCCAUCCAGAAACAUAAGGAGCAAUUCCAAUAAACAAACAAUAAAAUGAAAAAUCCAUAAUAGAUCUAAUCCUGGUAGUUGUGUUUUCUGAAAGGACCUGGAUCUCUGUUGUGACUUUUUUUCUCUGUACUUUGCAGGGCAAAUUCAUUCGGAUUCAUUUUGGUGCCACUGGAAAGCUGGCCUCUGCAGAUAUUGAGACCUGUAAGUAUCCUGAUUGGAACACAGCCAGUCAAAUAUUAAACCGGGUUUACAAACAUUAAAUGUGAAUCUUUGUUGCAGAUCUGCUGGAAAAAUCAAGAGUAACUUUUCAGCUGAAGGCUGAGAGAAGUUACCAUAUUUUCUAUCAGAUUCUCUCCAAUAAGAAGCCUGAACUUAUUGGUAAGAAGGAUUCUCAUUUAUUUCCUUCCUGAAUGUCUCAGAUUAUCUGGUAAAGCAGAAGAGGAUCUUAUGUUAGUUGCUCAACCAGAGCUACACAGAACUGGGUGGGGAGGGAGCGAGAGAGAAUUGCUCAGAACCAUUUACUCUCCUUCUGUAUCUUAAUCUAAGAUGUUAUGUGGCGAUUAUCAGACUCUUCUAAUUUCAUUUCAGAAAUGCUUCUCAUUACAACAAACCCUUAUGACUAUCCAUUUAUAAGCCAAGGGGAGAUUUCAGUACAAAGCAUAGAUGACCAAGAGGAACUAAUAGCUACAGAUGUAAGUAUAAGUGCUGCUGCUAAUAUAAAUACUGAGUAACAAUUUCAGCUAAUUGCUGCAUGAACUAUCUUACAGACGGCUAUAGACAUCCUGGGCUUCACUGCUGAAGAGAGAGUUGGAAUCUAUAAACUAACUGGGGCAGUGAUGCAUUAUGGGAACAUGAAGUUUAAGCAGAAACCACGAGAGGAGCAGGCAGAGCCAGAUGGCAGUGAAGGUAACAGUUCUCUGGCAUCCACCAUUAAAAAAAGCCAGUUUCCAGAUCUCAUUUGGGGGGGGUGGGGCGGAGAGAGAAUUUUCACGUGAGGUGUGCAAAGCAUCCUGCAAAGAUUUCACAUUAAAAGAGAUUAUAUACAGUUCUUCCUCAGCUUUUGGCAAUUAAUCUGAAUCGCUCUCCCUGUCAUAAUUUUAAUGAGUAAAUUACAAUUGCAGCUACAACUUUAAUUGUGACUAUCCCAUUCUCAAAUGAUUAUUGCUUUCUGGCUGUCCUGAAAGAGUUCCAUCCAUAUUUGCUUCUCAUAUGUUGUUUUGUAGAGGCUGACAAAGCAGCUUAUCUGAUGGGCCUGAAUUCUUCAGAUUUACUGAAAGCCCUAUGCUUUCCCCGAGUGAAAGUGGGAAAUGAAUAUGUGACCAAAGGUCAAACAGUGGACCAGGUGAGGACAUGCAUCAGAUCAAAAACAUUUAUUAGCUUAUGUGAGGGGCUCUUACUCAGGCAAGGUACUGGUACAUUUCAUCCUUUCAGUAUGCUGCUUAGUAAGGAUUUACAAGUAUGGGGGGAAAUCUGUUUUCUUCUGGUAACAUCCAUCCCAGCUAGAUUAAUGCCACUGGAGCACUAUUCAGAAAAGGUCACACCAGCAGGGAAUCGAUAGUUUGGGAUGGAUAGAGUGGAACUGGUGAGAUGAGACAACAUGUACAGGACACCCAGUACCAUCAUCAUCUUCUUUCAGGAAGCCCUGUGGCAAAGCAGCUUGUAUUCCCCACCCCAACUUGGAAGGAGAAGUUUGAAGCAGAAAGAUCAGAUAUUUAAGCUACUCACCUCUUGUGGUGGGUUUCUGAGCUGGGAUCAUUCAGUUUCCAUCUUAACUAGCUAACACUAUUAUUCCUGGGUCAUUCCAUAUCCUAGGCCAGACAGUGAUUCAUAGAAUCACAGUUGGAAGGGACCACAAGGGUCUUCUAGUCCAACCCCCUGCAAUGCAGGAAUAUUUUGCCCAACAUGGGGCUCAAACCCACAAUCCUGAGAUUAACCAUUUUAUGCUAUACCAAUUGAGCUCUAACAACUUGUGCAGUGACUUGUUUCAGCAACACUGUUUAACUAUGUAGUGGCCGCUAAUUGUCUGGACUGUUGCCUGCAGGUGCAUCAUGCUGUCAAUGCCCUUUCCAAAUCUGUCUAUGAAAAGCUAUUUUUCUGGAUGGUACUUCGCAUCAACCAACAGCUGGAUACAAAGCUGUCCAGGCAACACUUCAUUGGGGUCUUAGAUAUUGCAGGCUUUGAAAUCUUUGAGGUAUGUGGACCCAUUGCAACUUCUUGCCUCUCUUGUAACAGCCAAAUUAACUGCCUAGGCUGAACUUGUUCCAGAAAGUCGGCUUAUAAAUAUUUAUAUAAAUAUAUUUUGCCUUGUGCACUCUGUCCCAGAGUAUGGUUGUAAUGGGUGAUAUGGGGAAGGGGAAGAAUAAUUUCCCAUGCUCGCACCUUCUCUUCCCUUUUGGAGAGGGACAAGUUAAUCCCUAACCUCAAAGAGGUACCAUUAAUUAAGAAAAUAUUCCACUAUUCCCUUCUGCAUAGCCCCCUUCUUUCCUCUAAAAAUUGUGAAGAAUUAAUUCUAAAAACUGCUUACCUGUGUACCUUUGAAGCCAAAGCCAUCAUAUUAACAUAAUAUAUUCUGGUGUUAGUUCAACAGCCUGGAGCAGCUCUGCAUCAACUUCACCAAUGAGAAACUGCAACAGUUUUUCAACCAUCACAUGUUUGUGCUGGAGCAAGAGGAGUACAAGAAAGAGGGGAUUGAAUGGACUUUCAUAGACUUUGGAAUGGAUUUGGCUGCCUGCAUUGAGCUUAUUGAGAAGGUACAUUUGCCAUAUUGUCUUGCAGUGGUGGACCUUGAUUUUUGAGGCCCUGAAAGUUGAACUGUUAUUGGGACCCCUUCACGACCAGCAACGAGGUCUGGGUAACCUCUUAUCUUCUUCAAUGGGGUUGUUCUAUGACAUAUCUAUAUCUAUAUCUAUAUCUAUAUCUAUAUCUAUAUCUAUAUCUAUAUCUAUAUAUAUAUCUAUCUAUGAACUACAACAUCUCAGAUUUUGCUUAAAAUUGCUGUACUGUGACACUUCACCUUUACAACAUCUGUGCUACUGACUCUCAAACUUUGGAAUUGGUGAAAUACAUUCGGCAAAAAAUUAAUCCGUUUGAGUCAUGUGACUGAAACUGGAUCUACUAGACCCAAUUUUUUCAAAGCAAUGUGGAAUAACGUCACUUCUGGGACCCCUCUGGGAUUAGGGCCCCUGAAGCUUAAGCUUCAUUAGUUUCAUAGUAGAUCUACCCCUGUUGCCUUGUAAAUAAAUACAUAUCUGAAAUAAAACUUGUUUGUUUUUCCAUUUAGCCAAUGGGCAUUUUCUCCAUCCUGGAAGAGGAGUGCAUGUUUCCUAAGGCAACUGACACUUCUUUCAAGAACAAGCUCUAUGACCAGCAUCUUGGAAAAUCUGCUAAUUUCCAGAAACCUAAGCCUGUCAAAGGCAAGCCUGAGGCCCACUUCUCCUUGGUCCACUAUGCAGGGAUUGUGGACUACAAUAUCGCUGGCUGGCUGGAGAAGAACAAAGACCCUUUGAAUGAAACUGUUGUGGGACUCUAUCAGAAAUCAUCCAUUAAGAUUCUGGCCAAUCUUUAUGCUGCCUUUGCUACUGUAGAGGAUGGUAUGUUAUCUUCAUCUAUUACAGAGUGGUCCAACACAUGGCCCUCAAGGCCUUUUCUGGCAACAUUUGAUGCCCCCCCCCCCCCGAGUUCUCAUGCUGCUUUCCCAAAGCUGGCUAAGCAAGGUGCUGGACUUUGGGCAGAAGGUGUGAGGGUUCUGACAGGGUCCUAGAGUCCUCCCUCCUCCUUCCCAAAGCCUAGUUAGUGCUUUCCUAGCUUUGGGCAGGCAGUGUGAGGGCUCUAGAACCAAGCUAAAGCCUCCUCCCCAAAGCCUGGUGCCUCACUUAACCAGCUUUGGGAAGGCACUGUAAGGACUUGGGUGUGUGUGUCAAAUUUUGGCCUCACUCCCCACCCCACCUCUGUGACAAGGCAGUGUGUGAACUGUGGGUUCCGUGUCCUUUGGCCCACUUGGUAUGAAAAUUUGGGCCACCCUGAUCUAUUAUAUUUGGCUUAAAACUGCGUGACCUCUUGCACUGACCAUGGUUAGAAGGAUGGCCAGAAUGGCUGACCAGAAAUAUCGCCAAUUGUACUUACGUCUUGCUUUGCAGCUGAAAGUGGUGGUGCUACUAAGAAGAAAGCUGCCAAGAAGAAGGGGUCUUCCUUCCAAACUGUUUCUGCACUUUUCAGGGUAAGGCUUGCAGGCAUCCUCAGAAAGACAGGUGCCCCGCUGCAAUAAAUAUAUUUUUGUAGAAGCAAAUCUCAUUAAUUGGAUAGUCAAUAGUUUGUAUAUGUGGUGCCAUUAGCUCAAAUGGUGGACGGCUUAUAGAAGUGCCUAAGAGCAUAUAUCACCCAGCGAUGCAUUUGACUUUGAUCCUUUGUUGGAAACUGAAUGCUGGACUACACUGAUCAUGCAUCUGAGGUGGGUACAUUAUUUAAAACAACAACACACCCCAAUAAUUUUGCUUUUUUCAUGUGAUCGUCAUCUACUUAAAUUACAAAGGGAUCAGAAAGUAUAAUAAUUAGAAAUGAUAAAAUAAACAAUAUUAAAGGUGUGCUUAUGGGUAUUAGGCUUGUAUAUAAUAAGGUUUAGAUCUUGGAGUGGGGGUAAGUACAGUAAAUGUAACAAAUAAGUUAAUCUUAUUUCCAUUUUUGGGGAGCAGACCUUAUUAGCCUACACAUUUCAUUUUUAUUUCAGGGCAUGUGGAAGAAGAAGAACAUUUGUAAAUAAAUAUAAUAUGGCUCUUUUUAUCAGAAUAAUAACAUUUUAACAGCAUUUAAUAUAAAUUUCCAAAUUACAGGAAAAUUUGAACAAACUGAUGACCAACUUGCGGACAACUCACCCACAUUUUGUGCGUUGCAUCAUCCCCAAUGAAACUAAAACUCCAGGUAACUAAGACAAUCUGACAUCAAUUUCCAGCAGGAGUUCAGUCGAGUAUCAGGGAAAGCUGCUAUUUAGGUUUUCUCUUCCACAGGUGCAAUGGAUCACAGGCUUGUUCUGCACCAGCUACGGUGUAAUGGAGUGCUUGAAGGCAUUCGAAUCUGCAGGAAGGGAUUUCCAAACAGAAUCUUAUAUGGGGAUUUUAAACAAAGGUCUCAGCUACAUUUAUUGUGAUCUUCCUAAUUUGCAUUGAGGCAAUUUGUUAGGAAAACACUGUCUAGAAUUCUGGAUAACAAUGACACCUGUGUCUGCUUGAGCAUCACUUUAUAUACUAUAAUUUAGAUACAAUGGCAUUUUUUUUGCAGAAAAUAUGCUUUUUAAUGCUGCCCUGCCCUCACUGUUUUUGCCUGGGGAACUUCCGUUUAGGAUUUUGUACAAUACAAAUAAAUAUUUGGAUAAAAAGUAUCGCAGCCUCCUCAAAUCUUGCUGCCUAUUUAUGGGCAGUUACCUAAGCUGUUUAGAAGUGUUUGCUAGUGGGAAAGAGCUUCUUCCUUCUCCACUGUUUAGAGCGCUAAAACCUGUUUGUGUUUAAAUGGACAGAUACCGCGUUCUGAAUGCUAGUGCUAUCCCAGAGGGCCAGUUUAUGGACAGCAAGAAAGCCUGUGAGAAACUGCUGGGAUCUAUUGAUAUUGAUCACACCCAGUACAAAUUUGGACACACCAAAGUAAGCACUUCUCUGUGCUGAGAAGAGUACAAGCAGUGGCUCUACUUUGGCAGCGACUAUACUUUGCCUUCUCUUUUUAGGUGUUUUUCAAAGCUGGGUUGCUGGGCCUUUUGGAAGAGAUGAGAGAUGAACGUCUAGCAUUGCUCAUCACUCGCACACAAGCUAUGUGCAGAGGGUACCUCAUGAGAACAGAAUACCAAAAAAUGGUGGAAAGAAGGUAUAAUGUUUCUCCCCAGGUUUACACCAGGGAGCUUCACUUUACUGGAUGCAGAGCCUCCCCCUCCCACCCUUACCUUGAUUCCCCAGAAGUGUUAGAGGAAAGAUACCCUACAAAUGAUAUUUUUGAAACACUCCUUAAAAUUUCCACUUCUCCCACCCUCUCUGUGUUGUGCCUAUGUAAUCCUAUCAUGCUGCUAUAAUCUCCUUGGGCUAUAGGAGCAGACCUCACCUCUUCUGUUAUACAUAGAAAUGCUGGCAAACUGAAGCUAAUUGCUUAAGCUGCAAUCCCAACCUCACUUACCUGGCAGAAAGCACCAAUGGACUUACUUCUAAGUAGAUAUGGUUGGGCUUGCACCAAAAGAUAUCUGCUACAGGUCUCUUGAAAUUCUGUUAACUGUAGGUGCUAAAUCAGAUUUUUCAGAAGAGGGGUGAUGAACACUAUUUCACUCAAGUCAAGAGAGGAGUGGGCAACCUCAAGCUUAUCUGACCCUCUCCACCCAUCACUGGGCCUGCUUUGCAUCCUUCUGAGUGUUUUUGCCUGCCUGGAAUGUGCCCUUGAGCUUCAAUUUGCUUUCCUGGGCGGAGAACAGGGUGUGUAUGCAAAAACUAGCCUACUGCGCAAUUGUAAAAUUUUAUUGCUCUAUCUCAGGCAUGUCUCAGGUAGAUCGCGAUCUGCUGGUAGAUCACGGGGUGUUUCUGGUAGAUCCUGGAGGAUCUUUGGCCCCUCAGUGAUCUCCAUGCCAAAAAAAAAAGAAAAAGAAAGAAAGCUCCACAACUUUGUCUUUCUAAAAACAAAGCUCAAAAACUCUGGGUCCCCCCAAAAAAGCUCCACAACUUUGGCAUUUCCAAAAAAGCUCAACAACUGUGUUCCAUCCAAUGAAAAUAGGUAGAUCACUGCCAGUUUUUUUAUACUGUGAGUAGACUGCAGUCUAUUGGGAGCUGGAUGUCCCUGCUCUAUCUAGUUUUGCCUCUGGCCCCAUCCACCCUCUGGCAUGUGGUCCCAGAAGGGAAUGUAGCCGCUGGGCUUAAAAGGUUUCCCACCCCUGAGUUAAGGGAAAUAAAUCGUCAAGUAGUUGCAUAUUCAUUUAAUUAUUUGCAGGCGAGCCUCUUGAAAUUUUGCAGUUGAAGCCUCAUUAAAGAGCUCCCGAGCUUUGCUUAGGAAAACUAACUUUCCGCAAUGAGUAACUCUGUGAAUUGGUUCCAUCACAGGGAAGCUAUCUUCACCAUCCAGUACAACAUUCGCUCGUUCAUGAACGUCAAACACUGGCCAUGGAUGAAGCUGUUUUUCAAGAUUAAGCCACUGCUGAGGAGUGCAGAGGCAGAGAAAGAAUUCGCCAAUAUGAAAGAAGAGUUUAAAAAAACCAAAGAAGAACUUGCUAAAUCUGAAGCCAAAAGGAAGGAACUGGAAGAGAAAAUGGUCUCUUUGCUGCAGGAGAAAAAUGACUUGCAGCUUCAAGUGCAGUCUGUGAGUAAUUCACAAAUAUCUCCCCAUGGUCAGUUUUAGGAAAUGUGGUGCUCUAAGCAAAUUAUUAAAUUAUCACUAUCUCAUCAGGCUUUUCCCUCUCCCCAUCAGUCAGCUGUCCCCAGUUGAGAUCUCUAGCUUGCGUCAGCUGCUUCACAGCAAGCUCCCAGUAAGAUCUGUACUCUGACAUGCCGCUACUUACCCUGCUGCCCUUCACAUCCAUCUCAGGCUGUUCAUGAGCUGCCUUUUUCCGUUAUGGGGCUGUUUUGCCUCAUGCUACGCUCCUUCCUAUUGCUGUCAUCUUGCAUUUGGCCUGUUCUUCCUUUGUUUGCACCUGGCACCCUGGGCAGCAGAUGACCAGUCACUUUUGCUGUAAUUGAGAAGGGAAAGCCCUUCCAUCAUUUAUUGCAGGAAAACUUGCUACAGCUAGGUAGUUGGAUUGCCUAUUGGCUGGAUCCUUUUCAGAUCCUUCCUUCCUUCCUUCAGAACAGUUACUUAUGCUAAGUUUGAAGAAUAGCCAGUUAAAGUCAAAUGGUAACAUGAGCAGUUGAAAAAGCUUACAAACAUAGCCUUUAUACUUACACUCACUCACUUUCUCACUCUCUCUCUCUCCCCCCCGCCCACAAACCCAGCAACCCACCCUGAAUUAUUCUCAGUAAACAAGAGACAUUAAACAGCAUACAGUCUGAGAGGUCAUACUGGCACCACAAAACUCCUCCCUUCUUCUCUUGUAUUGUAUUUCCUUUUUGACUAUAUAGGUACAGCACAGAUAACCCCAUCUUGAACUAAUGCUACAGUGUCACUUGCUAUCUAUCUAUCUAUCUAUCUAUCUAUCUAUCUAUCUAUCUCCCGGUAUAUAUUUAAAGUGACCACCAAAUCUUGAAAUCAAACACAGAGAUGGAAGAGAAGGCAUAAAUAUAGUGGGAAGGUGGAACUGAUUAUGAUGUUGGAUCUGAAUGGUCCAUCUUGCAGAAAGAUACACACUAAUGGGCUGAGAUGCAAAGACAUGCUUAGGAAUUUCUAUGAGUUUGUGUCCAGCUGGUGUGAUUUUUGUUUGUUUGUUUGUUCGUUCUCCAAUCCCCUGGAACAGAAGACAUCCCUCAUACCAUAACAGAAACUGUCUUUGAAAACCUUCCCUCCCCUUACCAGUUUUUAAAGCAGCAUGUCAUGUGUGGCUGUCAUUUGACAAACACAAGUCUAAAGCCACCUUGAUGACCUGGAAUUGGUUUGGAUCCCAGUUAUGGAGAUAAAAUGUAGAGAAGUCAAAGCUUUUAGCUGCCUUUAAAGGGGGGGGGAGCAAUUUAGAAAGUGGUAUACUGUUAUACUGCCUGAUGGAGUUGAAUGAUAAUAUAUAUGAUACAUUGUUCUCUAACAAGGAAAGUGAAAGUUUGGCAGAUGCUGAGGAGAGGUGUGACCAGCUGAUCAAAACCAAAAUCCAGCUGGAGGCAAAAAUCAAGGAGUUGACUGAACGAGCGGAGGACGAAGAAGAGCUGAAUGCAGAGCUGACAGCCAAGAAAAGGAAACUGGAAGAUGAGUGCUCCGAACUGAAGAAAGAUAUUGAUGACCUGGAGUUAACACUGGCUAAGGUUGAAAAAGAAAAGCAUGCCACUGAAAACAAGGUAACCUUUAAUAUUGCCUUCAAAAUGUCGUUUCCCGUACUAUCUGCCAAGAUAUUCAAUUGCCAUAUAAAGUUUUGAAAAAUUGUCACACUUUUCACUCUCAUGUUACAAACUGCUAAUUUCUUAUGUAAAAUGGCUUCCCAUCUCGUGCCUCUACCUCUGCAAUUAAAGACAGUACGUUAAGGACAAACACAAAGAGUAAGCUUACAAUGAUCCUAUCCUUACAAUGUCUGCCCUUAAUCGUCCUUAAUCAGUAUUUCAGCUGAUCUCAACACCAUCAACAAUCUUAUGCUGUGUUUUGUAGGUGAAGAACCUAACAGAAGAAAUGGCAGUUUUGGAUGAAACUAUUGUGAAAUUAACCAAGGAGAAGAAAGCCCUCCAAGAGGCCCAUCAACAAGCUCUUGAUGACCUACAAGCUGAAGAAGACAAAGUUAACACUCUCACUAAAGCGAAAACCAAGCUGGAGCAGCAAGUUGAUGAUGUGAGACAGCUAAUCCCAGUCAUUCUUGAACUUUGCAUGAUAUUUUUUCAUGAUGACUUACUUGCUUUGGGCUGGAUUGUUAUAAGCUGCCUUGAGUUAUAGCUAUGUAAAAAGGUGGUAUACAAAUGAAAAUGAAACAUCUCUAAGUUAAUGAAGUUUGUUUUUGAACCUGUUAAUGUGCCCAAGUGGAACUUGCACAUAACAGGAUACAGGGUUCUCCUGCUAACAUACAAUUUCCCCCCUGAAUAAGCUGGUUUAAAGGUCCCUGAGUUCAGAGGAGAUCCUCUGGAAGCACAUCAUUAGCAAAACAAUAGUGGAUAAGGAACACUACCCUUAGUUUGUACUGAUAUUUGUGUGACGAUGGGGAAGGAGCAUUCUGAAGGGUGUUGGGUUUUUUUUGCCUCCCAUCUUAGCUGGAGAUACAGAAAUGCUCACUUUCCUGCUAGCAAAUGUCCAUUCUUCAUACUUUGUUAAUAUUGAGUUUAACCCAAGGAAUUAGUAAUUUCCCAUUAUAAAAAUCUCUGAGACUGGCACUAACAUUAAGCUUUUGUUGCAGCUGGAAGGCUCCUUGGAACAGGAAAAGAAAAUCCGCAUGGAUCUUGAGAGAGCUAAGAGAAAGUUGGAAGGGGACUUGAAACUUGCCCAGGAAUCCAUAAUGGAUCUAGAAAAUGAUAAACAGCAGCUAGAAGAAAAGCUGAAGAAGUACGGAAAUCGUAAAUUGUAGUUGCAUAUUAAAAUAUGUUUAUGGGGUAGCUUUUUAAUUAAACUGCCUCUUCAAUUCCUUUAUAGGAAAGACUUUGAGUACAGUCAAAUGCAAAGCAAAAUUGAAGACGAGCAAACUUUGGGUAUCCAGCUGCAGAAGAAAAUCAAAGAACUUCAGGUAUAAAUUGUUUUCUUCAUUCUAGCAUCCCAGCUCAUUUUCACUUGGUAAGAAGAAUUAAAAUGUUUGGUUAUAAAUAAUCUUUGAUAUGUAAAGAUGAUAUAAUGAAACAUGCCCUCCUUGUAAGACUGCUCCCAGACUUCAGCACACUUUUGUGCAGAUCUACCACCCAUUUGGGUAGAUGCUGGUAUAUGUCCUUAGCAUAGUAACUAUGCUGAGUAAACAGGUUGUCUGGAAGCAGUGAAAGACAGAAGUUUAAUAGGAUUAAUUUAUUUCAAGUAUAUGUUUGGUAGGACACAACGAAUUAGGACCACAGUGGCUCCAUUUUCAAAUUGUUGUUGUUUUGAAUAGUUUGUUUUCAACAGCCUCAUUACAUUACAUUACAAUCUAUUUUCAAAUGUGUGUCUCUGAAGCAGCUCUUCUCUGUCACUAUGCUUCUCAUUUUCAUCUAUGACCAGUACAAACCCCAACCUGACUUUCUGCUAAUAUUUCCCAAUAUAUCCCUGGUUUUGUCCUUUGCUCCUUGCAACUCUCACACCCUUGACGCCAAAAGUUUCCUGAUCCUUUCUGCAAGGGUGUCACAUCCCAUUUUGCCCCUUGAGGUGAAAUAGGAAGUGCUGCCCUGCUGCCGCACUGCACCUGCUGAAGCACCCUUUUCCUAUGUCACUGGAAAUUGGCACCAAUGUCAGCAUUGCUUCUCCACAAGCAGCAGUGGCGGUGUGGUGCCCAUGAGGGUGCUGCUGCAAGGGCUUCCAUCACCUGAGGCAGGGGCAGGCAACCUAAGGCCUGGGGGCCGGAUGUGGCCCAACUGCCUUCUAAAUCUGGCCUGCGGACGGUCCAGGAAUCAGUGUGUUUUUACAUGAGUAGAAUGUGUCCUUUUAUUUAAAAUGCAUCUCUGGGUUAUUUGUGGGGCCUGCCUGGUGUUUUUACAUGAGUAGAAUGCAUGCUUUUAUUUAAUAUGCAUCUCUGGGUUAUUUGUGGGGCAUAGGAAUUCGUUCAUUUCCCCCCCAAAAUAUAGUCCGGCCCCCCACAAGGUCUGAGGGACAGUGGACCGGCCUUCUGCUGAAAAAGUUUGCUCACCCCUGGCCUGAGGUGCCUGCUUCACUUCGCCUUAUGGGCAGGCCAGCCCUGCUCUUCCAUCAGCUUCACCCAUUUUCCUCACUGCCCCUUUUACUUGGAAUUUCCUCCCUGAAAAUAUAAUGUCUCUUUUUCUCCAAAUCCCGCCUUCCAAAUUCUCCCGUUUUACAAAGCCUUUGCCUUAACCUCUUGAAUUCUUAUUCCCAACUGCAGCCUUGUCCAAGUACAUGUAACUGCAUUUUCUCACAUUUAUCUUAGCAUCUUCCAUCUCUCCACUGCUGAUUUUAGAUUGUGAGUUCCUGGUCUCUCCUUUCCUUAUCUCUCGUUCUUUGAUUUAUGAACCUUUGUGAAGCAGCAUCUUCACAUAACCAACAACUUUAUUAUCAACUACUGGUAACCAUAACCACUUCCUCCUCCUCCUCCUGUGUAGGCUCGUAUUGAGGAACUGGAAGAGGAGAUUGAGUCUGAGAGGGCAACUCGGGGGAAGGCAGAAAAGCAGCGGGCUGAAUUGGCACGUGAACUAGAGGAAAUCAGCGAGAGGCUUGAAGAAGCUGGAGGGGCUACUUCGGCCCAGAUUGAAAUUAACAAGAAGCGGGAAGCAGAAUUCCAGAAAAUGAGGCGUGACCUGGAGGAAUCUGCCCUGCAGCAUGAAGCUACAGUUGCAACUCUCCGUAAGAAGCAUGCUGAUAGUACAGCGGAGCUUGGGGAGCAAAUUGAUAACCUGCAACGUGUCAAACAAAAGUUGGAGAAGGAAAAGAGUGAGUGCAAAAUGGAGAUUGAUGACCUGGCCAGCAAUCUUGAGUCCGUUACCAAGUCUAAGGUAUUUGAAAGUAAAUUUGAGUAGUUCUUCACAGUCCAGACUACAAAAUGUACAUUCUUAUCUGUGAACAAAAAGAAGAAAUGUAUCUCAAAUAUUCUGAAAAGGUGAUCUUUUGCCCAGCAAGGUCUUUGAAGCAGAUGAUUUUUGGGCAGAAACAUAUAAGCCCUAGAAGGAGGCACUUGAACCAAAACUCAUUGGGCUAAUUUAAUAAUAAACAUUGAUCCAUUUCAGCAUUUUUGAGAUGUAUUUUUCUUUGUUCACAAUAAAUUCUUCUUUUUGUGUGUGUUUCCUUUUGACUUUCUCAGUAAACACACAUACAUGACUGACUGCAUAAUGUAUCCUGUUUCAUUUCACUUCUUACUACCACAGGCUAAUUUAGAGAAAAUGUGUCGUACAUUAGAGGACCAGCUCAGUGAAAUAAAGGCCAAAUCUGAGGAAAACCAGAGAUCAGUGACUGAUCUAACAACACAGAAAGCCCGUCUGCAGGCUGAGUCAGGUAAGGAGGAAAACAGUGGGGAUGCAAGAUGCAAACAAGGGCCAUUCCAGGGUUUUCUUUCCAUCAUUUGCUUCAAGGUGAACGGUUUUUAUUAUUUAUGUUUUGUGGAAUCUAUGCAAUGUCUCAUGUUCCUGCAACACAUUUUUAGUCUGUGCUUCUGAGGUUAGCUUUCAGAAGCACCAAUAAAAAACACAAACCAGGCUAUCAUGGGGCUAAACUGGUUUAAAUUCAAGUAUUCUGCUGGCAGAGCACUGAGGUGAUAAUCUGGUGGUUGAGUGUGGAGGUAGAUUUUCAUUUUUUAAAGAGUAUUCUUGGAACUUCAGUCUAGCUUGUUGCUGAAGUAACAAGGGAAGCUGAAUAACCGGUGCAAUGGCAGAUGAAGAGAAAACAAAAUGUUAGACUAAACCUCUGAAUCCAUAUUGUGAAUGUCAGGCUGAGCCCUGGAACAUGCGGGCUAAUAAAACGCGGAAGGGAGUUCAUCUGAUGGCCAUUUGUAUGUUGCACAAAAGAGGGAACACAAAUGACUUGCGCUUCUUCAUUUUGUGCUUCUGGUGCAACUUGCAAGCUGCUCGUUAGUGAGAAAUGAGCUGCACCCACACUUCGCUCACAACUAUCUCACCAUGGGAGCCGCUAUGCACACUUCUGCUUUGUAAGAUGCACUGAACGUUAAAAAAAGAGGCAUUCAAAACUGUCUCCAGCAAAUUCAGAGUGAAUUUCAAGCAUCACUGAGCAGCAAACCCCAAGUCCAGUAUAAUAGGGAUUAGACUUUUAUGUUGGAGUGUACAUGCAGGUCCUGUUUUACGACCCCAAUGCAUUUCCUGGAAAUCGUUAGGUGUGUCUAUAUAUAACGAGUCCACAAUUUCCAUUGUUUCCUAUGGAAAUAUUUCUAACGCCGGAAUUGUCUGAUACCUUCCCCACCUCCAUGGUUUCUUCUUGAAAUGGCUGCAACUCAUCAGCAAAAAAGAGACAGAGGGAAAAACUGAUUUGUCCUCUCUCUCCUGCUCCCUGACUUGUCCUGUUUCCCCUGCUCUCUGAUUUAUCCAGUCUUGCUUCCCACUCUCUGUGGUUUCUGCUUGAAAAUGGCUGCUGCCAGCCAACAAAACACAAAAAACCAAGGAAGUGGGCUGUUUGGAUAAGUGAAUCUGUGGUGCAUAUAGCAAGGUUUGGGCAUAAUUUUGAAGUGCGGAUGGUGGGACCUGUGUGUAUUUUCUAGGAAGGUUCACGCCCUGCUACUUAUGGACCAGCAGAUCUGUGAAAGGAAGAUUGUUGCGGGGGGAUAAUUCUUAAAGGCAUAUGGUUAAUAGAGCUCACACUGUGAAUUAAGCCUGGGAGAUAUGGAAUCACACCUAAGGUUAUAGUGAACAUCACCGCUAUUAGCAAAUUAAGAAUUUGUCUUCUUUGGUUACAGGUGAACUGGCACGUCAACUUGAGGAAAGGGAGAGCAUAAUAUCCCAGCUUUCCAGAAGCAAGCAAGCAUUUACUCAGCAAAUAGAAGAACUAAAGAGGCACCUGGAGGAAGAGACCAAGGUAUUCAUAAGUCUAUACUGCUGGGGAACAUUUCUCUUGAUUCAUUAAAAGGAAUACAUUAACAUAGGAAGAAUUUAAUUUAAAUUUUCAACACUUUAGUGGACACAUCUGUCAGCAGGAUCUCAACCCUUCCAAUAUGCAACACAACUGUACCAUGAUGAGCUGUCAUUGGAACUAUGUAUAAAAGUUGAGAGGGGAUGUAUCUGCUAAUGGACUCAGCGGAAACCAAGACUGCAUCAUGCGAAUUAAUUAUAUCUCAUGCUAUCAGGCUAGGUCUACAGAUGCACUGGGAAUAACAGCACAAUCCUAUACAACUACUGAGUAGUAAAUGGCAUUCAGUUUGGUGGAGAAAAUGGGUUUGGAUUACAGCCCAAGACUCAUUGAACUCACUCCUUAGCAGAUAUGCACAGAAUUGUGCUCAAGUUUUUAAUUUUCCUCAUAUCUGUCAAACAAAAUACCAACUCACUAUUUGUGAAUAUCAAGGUACCUUUAAAAAAAAAAUCUAAACAUUUCAGGUGUAAGUAUUACUGGCAUAAACAAAUAUUUUAACUCACUCCAGAUCACUAUGAUACUUUCUUGUAUGACACUGUCACAAUUAGGUAGCCUACCACAUAUUACAGCAGUGAGUCUGCUGGUCUUGCAGGCGACAUGAUUAAUUUACAGUAAUCCAAGACUUGGAAUACUUUCUUGGGCACUCAUAAGUCUCUUCAGUACUGUAAACUGCUUGAGUUUUGUGUGAAUAAAGUAGCCUCUUGCUUCAUCCUGACUUCUGUCAGGAUAGCUUUACUCUGAGAUUAUACAUGCAAAACACCACAGGCAUUGUUCCAAGAGCACCAAUGUAAGAAUCUAUGGAAUGAAUUCAGUUAUAAAUGGAUGCAUGGUUUACGGUUCUUAGGCAAAGAAUGCACUGGCUCAUGCCUUACAAUCUGCUCGCCAUGACUGUGACUUGCUCCGGGAACAAUAUGAAGAGGAACAAGAAGCAAAGAGUGAACUCCAACGUGCCCUGUCUAAAGCCAACAGUGAAGUGGCCCAGUGGAGAACCAAAUAUGAGACAGAUGCCAUUCAACGCACAGAGGAACUGGAAGAGGCCAAGUAAGUGUUGGGGGUGAGAAGUGGCAUGCUAAUAAGCCAUUUUCACACAUUACAUUCAACCACAUUUUAUGUUCAUAACAGUAACCUAUCCAUGUGGGGAGAACACUACAAUCUGGGCACUUGGUUCCUCAUUCUUAGAUGAAGGGACAGACAUCCAUGAUCUUCAGCAUAUAUUUCAGCACGGUGGAAAUCAUGAAAGUGCUGGGAUUUAUAGAUGACAGUACCCAUAUGACAGGAUUUUAGUCCAAUUAAUUCUGUCACAUUAAAGAAUAAACUAGAAUUUGACAACAUAACUUUCUGAUUAAAAUCUGACACCCCACCCAAAAUCCAGGAGGACUCACAUUUUAAUUAAUGAUGUUGCCAAAAUGCAUAAUAACCUGAUUCAGAAUAUGAAUUUACUUGGACUUGCCUAUCUGUUCUACAAGCAUGCAGGUGGCUAAGAUACUGUAAACUAUACUGUGCUACUAAGGGCAACCUUAGUAGUUAAAGGGGCAUCAUCAUUACAAUCUGACUUCUUUAAGGAAAAAGCUUGCUCAGAGGCUUCAAGAAGCUGAAGAACAAGUUGAAGCUGUGAAUUCCAAGUGUGCUUCCCUGGAGAAAACAAAGCAAAGGCUGCAAUGUGAAGUGGAAGACAUGAUGGUGGACGUUGAGAGAGCAAAUGCACUAGCAGCUGCUCUGGAUAAGAAGCAAAGGAAUUUUGACAAGGUGUGUUUCUCCUCUAUAGUAUCAGCCCUUAGAUGAGAAAUAGGCACUCUUCGUCUCAAACUAGCAGAUACACUCCACUUGCUUCUGAAUUUGAAUCUGACUCUCACUUCUACCUACUACUUUACUACUACUACUAAUAUAAUAAUAAUAAUAAUAAUAAUAAUAAUAAUAAUAAUAAUAAUAAAUAAAUAAAUAAAUAAUAAUAAUAAAUUUAUUACUUAUACCCUGCCCACUCUGGGAGGCUUCCAACAGGAGAUUAAAAAUACAUUAAAACAUCAGUCAUUAAAAAAAAAACUUCCCUAAACAGGGCUGCCUUCAGAUGUCUUCUAAACGUCAGAUAGUUGUUUAUUCCUUUGACAUCUGAUGGGAGGGUGUUCCACAGGGCAGGAGCCACUACCAAGAAGGCCCUCUGCCUGGUUCCCUGUAACUUUACUUCUUGUAGUGAGGGUACCGCCAGAAGGCCCUUGGCACUGGACCUCAGUGUCCAGGCCAAACAAUGGGGGUAGAGACGCUCCUUCAGGUAUACUGAAAUAUUUAAGCCCAUUCUCAGAGGGACACCAGCAAUUUGGCCCAGAUUUGAGGAAUGAGGGCACCAUGCAGAGCCCAUAGCCUGUGACAGAAGGAUCUUACAAAUGUGUGUCUGUAUUUGUUUAUUAAUGGGAAACCAUUCAGUUUCCUGAUUCAGGGUUGCAUCACCCCUGUACUUAUGCCCAGCAUGCUUGACAUGAUUUUGGGCUGUAUGACUACUUUGCUAUUGGGAAUUGGUUUGUGAUGGCUGUUUCACAAUUGUGUUAAGAUCCCAACUUUCUUUUAUCAUGAAACUUGAGGCGGCACAUAUAGAGUACCUAGGAGUUGUUCCAUCCAGGCAUGAACUAGAGUUGCUGCUUAACUUUAACAAGGUAGAUGUGUCAUGUGCUUUCUGACCAUGCGUGUCACAUAUUGAUGUUGCCAUGAUUUAGGGACAUGUGCCCUGACCUUCUGCUCUGAGAUCAAGAGUGCUAUUGCGUGUUUGGGAAAAAGAUUGUCAGAGAAUUGCUGGGGGACAGAGAGUGGUGGCUGGUGGAAUUGCAGUGUAUAGUUUUAUCAGCCAAGGCUUCCUGUUUCUUUGUUUGGCACAGAAAAUAAAGAGGUAGAGAAACCCCCUGUGAACUGUCACUGCCUUCUUCCCAGUGAUGAACAGAACUGUUACUGAGAAGACUAGUUUAGCAAAGAAAAAUCAUAGGCAAAUAAAACGGCAACUAACUAACUAAAACACAAUGGAUGUUAAGAUUUUGGCAGAAUGGAAGACCAAGUAUGAGGAGAGCCAGUCAGAGCUAGAAGGUUCCUUAAAGGAGUCACGCUCCUUGAGCACUGAACUUUUCAAAAUGAAGAAUGCUUAUGAGGAGACACUAGAUCAGCUGGAAACAAUCAAGCGAGAAAACAAGAACCUACAGCGUAAGUUUCCUUUUUUGGCCUUCUUUCUAUUUGUUGGUUAUUUUGACUCUAGCAAUGAUAAUUCACAGCGCAGAGGGUCUCAGGGAUAUGCAGGGAAUGCUGACUUUUCUCUGUGCCUUUAGCAGUGGUACAACAAGCAGAAAGAUCCUCAUCAUUGCACCUCCAUAUCAUGGAAGCUGCACUGAUUCAGAAACUGUCCAUCUUUGUGCAGAACUGUGACCAAAAAUCAAGAGAAGACUAGAGCAGGUGUCAGAUCAUAGCACAUUCUAGCCUUUAAGCCUUUUAGGACUUUAAGAAAAUAUUAGAAUUAAAAGCGUUCAGAAUUUCCAGAUCUCUGCACAUUCUCAUUCUCAUCCUGUGAUGAGAAGGCAAGGCUAACUUGAUAUCACUAAUGGCAGUUUUCAGAAUUGACUGCCCCACACAAAUCUCAUAAAUGUCCUUAGCAAGUAUUGGCAACAGCAAUUGGUUGGUUCAAUUUCACACAAUGCAUUUUUGUCCAUGUAAGCAGUUCCAACUUUCUCUGGUAGCUGGUGGUAAUCACAGGUAAAACUGACAGAAUUUCCUAGGUUUGGGGGGGAAAAAAGAAUUUAUGAUGGCUCAUGCAUCAUAUAUGGGAGCAUUUGGGAUAUCUUUCAUAAUAAAAAAUGAGUUUUGUGAACUGUUCUGAAGCAGACAGAUGAAGGCACAAGUAUCACCUCUCUUUGCAGAGCAGCUCUUUGCACAUGUGUGUGUGUUUCUAGUUCUGGAGGCAUUUCACCCUUUAUCAUCUGUGUGUAUGUUUAAUUCUUCCUAGAGGAAAUAGCUGAUCUUACAGAACAAAUUAGUCAAAGUGGCAAAAUUAUACAUGAACUUGAGAAGGCCAAGAAGCAGAUAGAAGUGGAGAAAUCUGAUAUGCAGAUGGCUCUAGAGGAAGCGGAGGUAAGAUGCCAAAAAGUAGUAGGAAAGAAAGUACAAAUGGCAAAUAAUUAGGUUUUUAUAAAAGUCUUUUGGAGUGUGGUAGUUGGAGAUGCUCAUUUGUUGCAUCGGAUUCCCACAAACCACAUACCAAGCUGAGCUUGGUCCACCAACGAUUUGUUUGCCAGAUGGUCAUCAUGGCAUGGUGGACAUUGUUUAAGCUAAAGGGCAAUAUGGAUAUAGGAUUCUCUGAAGUCACAUCACACCUAAUCUUUGAGGAAACUUCUACAGUGACUUCCACAUUGGUGUUAAAUUGUUAACAGAUAUUAGUUAACUAUGUUUUACUACACUGUGGUAAGAUCAAGAAGGAGAAAAGUAAUCUAAGUUUCCUCCAAUCACAAAUCUCUGUGCUGCUUUAUUUCUCCAACAUUUCCUCAAUAGGGUGCUCUUGAACAUGAGGAAGCCAAAAUCCUUCGCAUUCAGCUUGAGUUGACUCAGGUGAGAUCCGAGAUCGAUAGAAAGAUUGCUGAGAAAGAUGAAGAAAUUGAUCAGCUGAAGAGGAACCACCAAAGAACAGUGGACACAAUGCAAAGUGCCUUGGAUGCAGAAAUACGGAGCAGGAAUGAAGCUGUGAGGAUUAAGAAGAAGAUGGAGGGAGAUUUAAAUGAAAUGGAGAUCCAGCUGAGCCAUGCAAACCGUCUUGCAGCUGAGACACAGAAACACCUCAGGAAUGUCCAAGGGCAGCUUAAGGUACUUAUCUUUCCAAUAUAUCUUUUAUAUCAAGAGUGGUUAAUCUGUGGCCUUCCAUAUGUUGUUGGAUUACAGCUCCCAUUGUCCUUGACCACUGGUCAUGUUGGCUAGGGCUGAUGGGCAGUGGAGUCCAACAACAUCCUGGAGGGUCAUAUGUUAACCACUAUCGCUUUAUAUGAAUAAUAGAAAUUCAGUUCUGCUAAACACUUUCCCCUGUUGUGUUUAGGACACACAGCUACAUUUGGAUGAUGCCCUCCGAGGCCAAGAAGAUCUGAAAGAGCAAGUGGCUAUGAUUGAGCGCAGAGCUAAUCUGAUGCAGGCUGAGAUUGAGGAGCUCCGGGCAGCUCUGGAACAGACAGAGAGGGGCAGGAAGUUAGCUGAACAAGAGCUUCUAGAUGCAAAUGAACGCGUGCAACUUCUUCACACGCAAGUAUGGGCUACAGUUGUCACUAUAACAACAAAACUUGCCAUGCUACAUUAGUUCAAAUGUCCAUCUAAUCUCACAUUCGAUGUCUGACCGUGGCCACUGACAUGCUCUAUAGUGGUAAACAGAGACAUGCUGCCUCCAAGUAUGAGGAGGAAUAAUUGCUUAAUCAUUACUAGAAACUGCAGCAUAAGAGACACUAAAACAUCCUCACUGUGUCUUUUGUUUAGAACACCAGCCUUAUUAACACAAAGAAGAAGCUGGAAAUUGAUGUUUCUCAACUUCAAAGUGAAGUGGAAGAUGCCAUUAAAGAGGCCAGAAAUGCAGAGGAGAAGGCAAAGAAAGCCAUCACAGAUGUAAGAGCUUCUUUUCUCUUUCAGUGGUUGCCACAAAACCUUGCUGUUAUCUAUAACAAUUUUUGUUGGCUCAUGGGCACUUGAUCACAGUGAUCAUUCUAGAGCUGUCCAGUCCUUCUGUGAGUGGCUAACAGUUUUUUCCUUCAGUAUGCCUUCACAAACUGAUAGGAGGAGGAAGAAGAGCCUCUAUUCCUUCAAAGUGCGCCUCUAAAGGGGCAUGCGUGAAAGUGUUGCCUCAGGUGGCUUCAACCCUUAUAUACCUUGGAACAAAUAGGGAAGGGCAUUAAUACAGUCUCCAGGCACUACCAGUUCCCCCAGCCCCAGUUGCUAUGCUCCAUUCAUCUAUUUCCCCUAAAGGAACAAAGCUCAGUUUCACAAGAUGGCCUGCUUAAAACCCUGGUCUUUUUGCUAGCAUGCUAUCAUUUGCAAACAGUUGCGUGCAUUUUCCCCAUCACUGAGUUUCCAUGCCAUCCCUGUUGAACGUUUGCCUGCCAUGCAGCUGUUGAAGCGCAGAGCCUUUGCAAGAGAAAAAACAGUGGCAAACAACUCUAUGUAGCCCAUCAUACAAGCGAUGAAUCUAAAUAUGUUUUGCACAAAAUGUCCUUCAGUCACACAGCUAGGGCCAUAUGUGAGUCAUUCUUCUAUGACCCCAAUCCCUGUGGGCUGGGGAAAUGGCGUAACCAGGUGGACUGCUGAUUUCAGGUGAAGGACAUACAUGAUCAGCUUUUUCUUCUUUUUACAUGAUCACAACAUUUCACAUGCAGACCUCUACCCCAAGCAAUGCCCUCACAGGAAAGCAGAUCUCAUGUGGUUGUGUCUGAUGGGUGAUACACAAACAUUAUGAAUUUGGUUCCAAUUCAUGAAUGCUUAUGUCUUAAUGAGUUAGCCUUUAAGGUGCCAUAAGAUUCUUUGCUGUGCCUUCUGCAACCAACUGACAUGGCUGCCUCUCCAAGAACUAUGAAAUGUGUUAUUCAUAUAGUGUUGUGUGAAGUCCUUCUCUGCACCAUGCCAGUGAUACUGGAAAUUCAUAAGUGUUUCCAUUCAAUGUUAUAUAAUGAGCCCAGCACCUUUGUUAAUAGUUUGAAUGUUAAUUCAUUCAUUGGGAUGGCUUACCUAUUGAGGUGGUCCCAGCAGGCCAUUUCUGGUGGUCACAAGUUGAUCUUUCAAACUCUGCUGAGCUUCUGUCCUUUGCUCCGAGUGUACCUGUUGACUGGGGUCUACUGUUUGUAUGUCAAGGCGGCCAUGAUGGCAGAGGAGCUGAAGAAAGAACAAGACACUAGCGCUCACCUGGAGAGAAUGAAAAAGAACCUGGAUCAGACAGUGAAGGAUCUGCAGCUUCGGCUGGAUGAAGCAGAACAACUUGCUCUGAAAGGAGGGAAGAAGCAGAUCCAGAAAAUGGAGGCCAGGGUAAACACUGGGGUUGGGAGCUGGUGGCAAGCACCAGAGUUCUCCAUAGGUCAGAGGACCCUAUAUCAGAGUUGCUAAGGAAAUUAAUGUUUUGCUUGACCUCCUAGAUCCGAGAACUAGAGUCUGAACUAGAGGGGGAGCAGAAGCGAGCCACAGAAGCCAUUAAAGGUAUUCGCAAGUAUGAACGGCGAGUCAAAGAGCUGACUUUCCAGGUAAGAGGGAAAGGACGGAGCCAGUGCUUCCCAAUACUUCUUUGACAACUUACGUAUCACCUAAUCAGGUGCCACUUUUCUAGGGUGAAGAGGACAGGAAGAAUGUGAUAAGGCUACAGGACUUGGUGGAUAAGCUUCAGCUGAAGGUCAAAUCCUACAAGAGACAAGCAGAGGAGGCUGUGAGUUAUUUGAAAGACACAAGCUUCAUUUUUGGUCAUUUGGUACAAAAUGCAUAAGGUCUCAGCUUUGACAUCAGAGGUAUGACUUAGGGUUUUUGUGUGCUAUUGCUUUCUGAUUAUAGGACCAACAGGCCAACGUCCACCUCUCCAAAUUCAGGAAAACGCAACAUGAGCUGGAAGAGGCAGAGGAAAGGGCUGAUAUUGCUGAGUCUCAGGUCAAUAAGCUUCGGGCAAAGACCAGGGAAGUUUCUACCACAAAGGUAAGUGCCUCCACAGACCAGAUGCCAAAUAAUUUGUCCCUCCUGAAUGAUGCGACUGUGUUUUUACAAAUCCCUGCUGCAACAGUGGAUGUAUGAAAAGGAAUCUGAGCAUCCAGCAAGGAGCCAUUAAGAAUGCUGCACAGAGUGGAAGAAGCAACACACUUAAUAGCUCUGGGUUCAAAUUCGCUGUGGCUUCAGCAUCAGUGAAGCCAAUGGAAUUAGGCAAGGAGAGAGUGUGGCUUCAGGCUACAGUGUAUUGAUAAGAGGCUUAUUCAGAAAACCAAAGUGCCCCCUUGCUUUUGCAGGAGUUAGUCUUGUAAAACCCCAGUUCAAAGACACAAGUAAGCCAGGGAUAGUCAACAUGGUGUCCCCCAGAUGUUGUUGAACUACAACUUCCAUCAGCCCCAGCAAGCACAGCCAUUGGUGAGGGAUGAUGGGAGUUGUAGUCCACCAAUGUGGAGGACACCACAUUGGCUAACCCUGAUUUAAGCCCUAGUCACCCAAACUUGCACAAAUGGUCAGGUCCCACAUCCACUAAAUCUGCUCCAGAGGGUUGGGAGUCCCUCAGAGCAGAUUUAGAGGAGAGCCUGGGGAAUUGCAAGUAGAAGGAGCUUCCUUUCCUCUUCCAUUGAUAGAAGCCUUACCAUUAGCUGAGUGGCACUGUUGAAUUCAAAUAUAUUUGACCUUCAUUUAUUUAGACCAUUUGCACCCCCCUCUUCAGCCAAAGAGGCUUCUUGAGUAUUCUUAAUCUUUGUUGGAAGCCCAGAGUGGCUGGGGAAACCCAGCCAGAUGGGCGGGAUACAAAUAAUAAAUUAUUAUUAUUAUUAUUAUUAUUAUUAUUGAGUGGCUUACAUACAAUGAAUUUAAACAAGACAGUCUGGUUACAAUAUAAAAAGUGCUACAGACAUGGGAAAAGGAACAGGCAGGGAAGAGGGAAAAAGCAAACUCAGGUGCCAAUUGUUCAACAGUUGUUCUUGUGAUGACAGCUGGCUGAGAAGCAACUCAGGGCCACGAGUGCCUCAUGGAGCUGGACUUUGGGAAAGGCAAAUGACUUUGCUUCUCAUCUUUCCUACUAAGGAAGCCUGAUAGAAUGUCUUCUAUCAUUCUGCCACUUGAUAAAGAGGAGGCCUGGUGGAGCUGGUUUUUCAGCAGUGCUGAUGGCGUGAGCCCUGCUUCCCAUUUCUCAAGAAGAUAGUGGCUGAAACAGCACAUUGUUCUCCUUGCAUUUUAACAAGUACUGAGUUUGUUUGUUUUGUUUGUGGCAGGUAAUCAUAGAAAGUGAAGAGUAAAUCUACUGCAGGACAGAAGAAGCUUGGAAUGUAUGCAAAAUGCAUAUAUGUCCCCAUGAUGUUGCUUGAAAUUGUAGUAAGCCUGUGAUCUUUCCUCAAUAGCCCUAAUAGAAAAUAAAUUUUGCUUUGCUUAAAGACUUGGUGAGUUUUGUUCUUUGUGUUGUAAUCUGCAGACAUAAUAAAAAGUGAAAGUGGUUGCAA